AUGAAACGGCGUAUUAGUCUUGUCACCACUUCGCUUGUGCUAAUAUUGGUGCUAUUAAACAAAGAAAUUAAAUGUCAGGACGAUACUACAGGGGCCGCUGAUACUUAUGUGUCGUCAACAGCUCCACCGGAAUCAAGUACGACCGCUCCUGCGGCGGAAGAUUCAAGUUACUCAAGUACGACCGCUCCUGCGGCGGAAGAAUCAAGUUACUCAAGUACGGCCCUACCAGAAACAACAGCUACUGGAAAAGUAACAACUGGAAAAGGAAAAGGUGGAAAAACAACAUAUGGAAAAACAACAUAUGGAAAAACAACAGGUGGAAAAACAACAUAUGGAAAAACAACAUAUAGAAAAACAACAUAUGGAAAAACAACAGGUGGAAAAGCAACAUAUGGAAAAACAACAGGUGGAAAAACAACAUAUGGAAAAGUAACAACUGGAAAAGUAACAACUGUAACUUAUCCAGUAGAUGUAUACACAAAUAAUAGAGUUCAACGUGUUCAGAGAAGUGAAAAACCAACUACAAGAAGAAAAGCGUAUAAUCCACCAUCAAAAGGAAGAUAUGAUGAUCGCGAUCGUGAUACUUAUCGUAGUCGUGAUCGUGAUGCUGAUCGUAGUCGUGAUCGUUAUACUGACCGUAGUCGUGGUCGUGCUCAAUCUGACGAUCGAUAUAUUGAUAUUUAUGUACGAGAACCCGAGAGACAUCGUCGCAAUCGUAAACAACGUCAAACGUAUACACAAGUUCGAUUUCCAGCAAGACGUUAUAGAGGAUCAAGUUUUCCAUAUCGUCGACCAUUUAUCAGUUAUGUACCAUGGCUACCAAUCUAUGCCGAUCCAUUAACACGUCAAACAAUUAUCUAUUCCCCAACUGGAGGAAUGUACAUAAUACCACCACUAGUCAAUUUUUAUGGUCAAAUAUUUUCUGUUGCUGAAUUGAUUGCAUGGGGAUAUGCGUCAUUGGUUAGCAGCGGUGCUCCACCACCGCCUAAUGUUAAUGUUGCCCCACUUAUUCAACCAGCUCCACCUGGUGGUGUUGUUCCAGGUGUUGUUGGAGCCGCUGGUGGUGUCGUCGGCGGUGGUGUCGUCGGCGGUGGUGUCGUCGGCGGUGGUGUUGCCGCUGGUGGCGUUGGCGGUGGCGCUGUUGCAGGCGUACGUACGAAUUUUGGUACAUUUCAACAAAAAUAUCCACGUGGAUACGAUUUAUAUGACAAUCCACAACGUGAGCCGGAACGUAGUGAUCGUCCAUUAUAUCCAGAUGUAAUGAGUGAUGGUGGUAACCGCAGAAUACAAACUGGCGCGAGUUACAAUUAUUAUUCUCAAGGUCAACAACGACCACAAUCGCAGGUGAAUUAUGGAAAUAGUGGAAAUAGUCAGCCACGAUAUCCGUCGCAAGUUAUUUUACUCGUUUUUUGUAUAAUUUCAACAAAUGGUCUGGAAUGUUAUGAUUGCGCGUGUCCUAGUAAUACAAUUUGUCCAUGUGAUAAAACAGAAUCAAUUGAAGGAAACAAUACAUAUUGUGUUAUUGUUCGUGAACAUAUUGGAGAAAAUAUCGACAUUACAUUGGAACAUAUUCCUAGAAAUUUAACGAAAUUUUAUGUUAAAAACCCUUAUUACAUUUCUGUUCGAGAAUCAAUCAGUUAUGAUGAUGUAAUACCAGAAUGGAAGACUGACACACUUAAAGUUAUUUACGGGUGUAAUUGGGAUUUGUGCAAUAAACCCGACCUUGUUCCACUUUUACCAUCGAGCUUUUCACUCUCUUUACCUGAUGAAUGGCUGAAUAAUUUUAUUCUUGGUUCAGAUCCAACAAUGUGUCAUGAAUGUCCAGAUGGACCGUCGUGUGGUGAUACAGAUUUUUUUGAUAUAUCAAGAUGUCCUGAAAAAGCGUGUAAUGGCACCUGUAUAUUGAGUGAUUUAUUUGAACAUCCAGAUUCAGAUCCUCUUGAAUUUUGUUAUCAAUCUUUCUGUUACGAAAGUGCAUCUGACAUUGAAUUUGAUAUUGAUACACAUAGAAUUGAAAUUGACGGCAUUUAUUAUUUGGAUACUGAAGAAUUUGCGAUUUGGGAAAUCGAUGUAUACUGUCGUGCGGAUGACUGCAGUCGGCCUGAAAUUUUUUCAGAGAUUCGAGAGAAUCUUCGAAAAAAUAUAAAUGUGAAUGAAUUUCUUCAUCUUCGACCUGCUGGUGUUUUAUGUUAUAGUUGUGAGCAAUGUGUUGAUACAACAACUUGUGAAUGUACUAAUGUUGAAUUUAAAGAAGGUACACAUUGUACUAUUAAACGUGAAAAAUUAGGAGAUACUACUUACAUAACAUUAGAACAUCUUGACCGGAAUUCAUCAAAAAAUUAUAUUAAAAAUCCUUAUUAUUUAUCUGUCCGUGAAUCAAUCAUAUAUGAUGUAAAAACAUUAGAAUGGUCAAAUAAGCCAGAUUUAAUUGUCUUUGGAUGUAACUGGAACUAUUGCAAUAAACCUGAUCUUGUAUCAAUUUUACCAGAUAGUUUCUUUCUGACAUUACCCGAUGAUUGGCUGAACACUUUUGUUCUUGGUACAAAUCCAGGUUCAUGUCAUGAGUGUCCUCUUAUAGCGGCGUGUGGUAAUACAGAUUUUAUUGAUACUUCAAGAUGUCCAGAAAAAGCUUGCAAUGAAACAUGUGUCAUGAGAGAAGUAUUUGUUAAUCUUGAUGACUUUUGUUAUACAUCUGGUUGUUACUACGAUAUAUCAACACCAAUCUUUGAUGUUGAUACACAUAGAAUUGAGAUUGAUGGUGUUUAUCAUUUGGAUACUCAAGAAUUUGAGAUUUGGGAAAUGGAUGUAUUCUGUCGUGCGGACGAUUGCAGCCGACCAGAAUUAUUUAAUGAUAUUCGAUCUAAGCUACAGAAAACUAUUAGUGCCGAUGCACUUUUAAACCUUCGUCCCGAUGGUAUUUGGUGUUAUAAUUGUGAGUGUACUAAUAGUACAACUUGUCCGUGUAAUGAAACGUUAUUCAAAGAAGGAAAGGACAGUUAUUGCACUAUUGUUCGUGAACAUAUUAGAGAAAAUAUCUACAUUACAUUGGAACAUAUUCCUAGAAAUUCAACGAAAUUUUAUGUUAAAAACCCUUAUUACAUUUCUGUUCGAGAAUCAAUUAAAUAUAUCGAAGAGUCAUCUGAUUGGAUUACAGACCCUGAUGUUAUUACUUAUGGAUGCAAUUGGAAUUAUUGCAAUAAACCUGACCUUGUUCCACUUUUACCAUCGAGCUUUUCACUCUCUUUACCUGAUGAAUGGCUGAAUAAUUUUGUUCUUGGUUCAGAUCCAACAAUGUGUCAUGAAUGUCCAGAUGGACCGUCGUGUGGUGAUACAGAUUUUUUUGAUAUAUCAAGAUGUCCUGAAAAAGCGUGUAAUGGCACCUGUAUAUUGAAUGAUUUAUUUGAACAUCCAGAUUCAGAUCCUCUUGAAUUUUGUUAUCAAUCUCUCUGUUACGAAGGUGAAUCUACACCUAAUUUUGACAUUGAUACACAUAGAAUUGAAAUUGAUGGCAUUUGCUAUCUGGAUACUCGAGAAUUUAAUAUUUGGGAAAUUGAUAUAUUCUGUCGAGCUGAUGAUUGCAGUCGUCCUGAAAUAUUUGAUGAAAUACGCUCCAAUCUCAGUAAAGUCAUUGUCGUUGAUCCAUUUUUGAAUUUACAACCAAAUACUACCACGACGACACGUGCAAUUCCUCCGUCUCAGAGUUCCACCAUUGCUCCAGGUACAAUUUCUUCGACAAUUCAGGGCUCCACCACUACUCCACGUGCAACUCUUCCGACAACUCAGGGUUCUGUCACAACUCCUCCUACAACUCAGGGUGCUACCACUGCUCCACGUACUUCUGCAAGUGGUGGCAUUAUAACUAUUCCUAGCAUGACAACAAUAACAAACUCUGGAACAAUGUACAUAUACGGAUAUGUGACAUUAAUAAACAUACUAUGGCUAUUCCUCAUCGUCAUUUGA